UCCUGCAGCUUGCGUCCACCCACCCAUAGACAUGCGUCGAUCAAAGUCAGCGAGAGCCAAUAAUGGCAUCACCUAACGUUCAUCACCCCCAGUGUCGAGAACCAAACCACCAACUCCGUUGACUGUUCCCGCAACGACAAUUCCUCUGCAGAGAAUUAGCGAUUCCCAUAAGAUUUCAUCACUUAAUAAAUUCUCAUAAGUGCAGAUUGCUUGAACAUGGCUCCGAUUGCAGUGAAGGACGAGAAGUGGGUUGAAUGUAUGACGACUGAUGAAAUUAAGUAGUUCAUCUAAUUUCCAAUUAAUGGGAUGAUGUGAGGCAAGUGGCCAGGACGCUAUGGGUGUUUGUUUUAAGGGGAGUGGGCCAGUGGUGCGGCACUUAAGACUCUGAUGCCUCAUUUAUGGUUGCAUUCAGUCGGCCGACUUCAACCUCUCUCUCACACAAGAUCAGUGAUACUACAGUAGAUGUCAAGAAGCUGUGGACAUAAGUCUGGGGAUCCAUAGCAGUGCUGCACGCAAGGAAGAAUUGGUGGGUACUGUCCUGUUUUUGUCAGUGUCGCCACUCUAGUUCCUUGAAGUCAAUCGAGGAGUCGACGGUGGAGCUUGGUUAUUGUUUUGUAGGAAUGCAUCUGUUCAUGCAAGGCUUCACAAGUGCAGUGUUCUCGAGCACACCGGCGUCGAGUGCUGUUUUUAUUCUGCACCACGCAACCUGAUGCAUUGCUGAGUUUGAGCAAUCAGACAGAAGUUGACGUGCAGUGAAGAGGAUUUGACGGUGUUGGACAUUUGAAGCUGCUUUAGUUGAGACGUGAUGAUGAGUCACGAUGUAAGUGGAUCUCGGCACUGUAGGGUUAAUGGCGUGAUAGGGGGAAAUGGUGCCUCCGUGAUGUUCCGAGAGCAGAAGCCGCUUUCGCCCUUGACCCGCCCUCCCCCACAGGGAGUAUCCAUCGGGCUGCCGACCCGGAUCCUUCAAAAGAAAGCCAAUGAGAUGGAUAAUUGCGCUCGUUUGACAUGGUCGCGUUUGUGGGUAUCUAUCAACAAUUUCAAAGGAGAGCAUCAGACCGUGCUUCAUGGAGUGUCUGGAUAUGCAGAGCCGGGAGAAAUGCUGGCCAUCAUGGGACCUUCCGGGUCGGGAAAGUCGACAUUGCUGGAUUCUUUGGCAGGAAGGUUGUCUCCUAAUGCAAGCUUGAAAGGUGACAUUCUCGUCAACGGGAGGAAGAAACGACUCUCUUACGGCAUGGCUGCUUACGUAACACAAUCAGACGAUCUCAUUGGAACGCUCACCGUGCGAGAAACCAUCUACUACUCUGCGCAACUCCGACUCUCCAACGAUAUCUCCCCAGGAGAGAGGAAAGCGAUUGUGGAUAGCACAAUUCGUGAAAUGGGACUUCAAGACUGCGCUGAUACUCCCAUUGGAAAUUGGCACAUUAGAGGGCUGAGUGGAGGGGAGAAACGACGCGUCAGUAUCGGCCUUGAGAUCUUGACUCGCCCAAGGAUUCUCUUUCUGGAUGAACCAACCAGUGGUCUUGACAGUGCCUCUGCUUAUUUUGUGAUGACGACGUUGAAGAACUUGUCCAGAGAUGGUCGCACAGUUAUUGCCUCCAUCCAUCAGCCAAGCAGUGAAGUCUUUGAUCUUUUCGACAACCUGUUCUUGCUGUCGAGCGGCCAAACAAUUUUCUUUGGCGAAGCUGCUUCAGCUCACGAGCACUUUGCAGCAUCUGGGUUUCCAUGCCCACGGCUUCGUAAUCCUUCAGACCAUUUUCUUCGGACAGUAAACACCGACUUCGACAGAGUGAAGUCGAAAAUCAAAGGUUCAUUCAAACAUAGGGAUUUGGAAGCUCGCAACCAUGAACUUUUGAACUCCAUUGCAGCAAUAGAGGCGGUCAAAGUUUUAGUGGAUUCAUACGUGAACUCAGAGUAUUACGUGAUGGCGCUCUCAAGAAUGCAUGAGAUAAACCACAUCCAAGGUACUAUUCUGGAGUCUGGGGGCAGUCAAGCAGGGUUCUUCCGGCAAUGCUUGACUCUUACGCGGCGAUCAUAUGUAAACAUGUCAAGAGACAUGGGAUACUACUGGCUUCGUCUUGUAAUUUACAUCAUGCUCACGGUCUGCAUCGGAAGCAUUUACUUCAACAUUGGAAACGAGUUUUCUGCCAUCAUGGGAAGAGCAGGUUGCAUGUCCUACGUCGCCGGAUUUUUGACGUUCAUGUCCAUUGGGGGGUUUCCGUCAUUCGUUGAAGACAUGAAGGUCUUUAGUCGGGAGAGAUUAAAUGGGCAUUAUGGAGUGGCCGCAUUUGUGAUAGGAAACUCCUUAUCUUCCCUCCCCUUCCUGUUCCUCAUAUCAGCCGUCUCGGGAGUUAUCGUCUACUUCAUGGUGCAACUUCACUCAGGCUGGGUCCAUUUUGUCUACUUUGUGCUCAUGUUGUUCGCUUGCGUUGCGUGCGUGGAAAGCCUGAUGAUGGCCGUAGCGAGCGUCGUCCCGAAUUUCCUCAUGGGCAUCAUCACUGGAGCUGGAAUUCAGGGAGUUUACAUGUUGGUCGCUGGAUUCUUUCGAUUACCCAAUGAUCUUCCCAAGGCUGUAUGGAAGUACCCCAUGUCUUACAUUGGCUUUCAUACGUACGCACUUCAGGGUAUGUAUCAAAACGACUUUCUGGGGUUAACCUUCAAGAAUUUUGUCCUAAAUGGCGUAUCUACAGGGGCUCCCAUAAGCGGUGAGCACGUUGUGGAACAGCUGUAUCAGAUUGAAACGAGGCGUUCGAAGUGGGAGGACUUGGCAGUUGUGUUCGGUAUGGUUGUUGGUUACAGGAUUAUUUUCUUUAUCAUGAUCAAAUUUUCAGAGAAAUUUGGACCCAAGUUGCGCUCCAAAUUUAUCAACCCACUUUUGGCUCACUUCACAACCAGAAGCCCAGCCGUCAGCAAUACGAUUCAGCCGUUGUCGCUGCAGCCUUCUCCAGCUCACGAGUGCUACCCUCUUCGUUAUCAACAGAUGCCGAAUGAGUUUACCAAAAUCUAUGCAAGCUCAUAUACAGCCUGAAAUCCAUGCCUCACAAUUCUGAAACGAUCAUUAAUAAGCCCUCGUGAGGCUCACCCUGGACAUGAGAAAGCUGUCCAUAGCAAAGCUAAGAACACAAUGGAAAACUAGACUACCGUGGCAAACGAACCAACUUAGAAAACUUUCGAGUCUUGAUAGCUCUAUUCUGUCCAAAAAACUCCUUCAAAAGUAGGGAGUGCUUUGAAAAUUUUCGUUAAGUUUCGUCGUGGCGCUGAAAGGCGCCCGCGGCUUUAACAAUUUAUUCUGCUGUAUCUUGGAUAAUUCUGUAGAAAAAUAAAUGCGCGGAGUAAAUCAACGUGUCAAGUGGUAUUGACGAAUUGGAUGACGAGGUUUGGUGUUCACGCAGUACUGAAAGGUACUGCCUGUCUAGAACAUUGUUCAAAUCCACUUUUGGAUCCAUCAAUACUAUUGAUUCAAAUCUA